AUGUUUCUUAGACCAGUCGGCGUGGUUCUCCUGUGCCUGAUGUUGUGUAUCCCAGAAAAACGGGGAGCUGGUGUCUCUGACGAGCUGGAUAUUCGGCAGCUGGCUCGCAAACACGGGUACCGGCUAACCGGGUACAAGGUGACCACCGAAGACGGGUACCAGUUGGGCCUGUUCCGGAUAAAAGGGCGCGCGGAACCGAAGCCUGUACUGCUCGUCCACGGAAUCCUCAACUCUGCCGACACGUGGCUGCUGCGCGGUAACAAUUCGCUGGCGUUGGCACUGGCGGAGCGCGGGAGUGACGUGUGGAUGCCCACGUGCCGGGGCGGCCCACACUCCAGGUCCCACGCCCACCUCCAAACCCACUCGGCCCACUACUGGGACUUCUCGUUCCACGAGCUCGGCGUCUACGACCUCCGUGCAGUGAUCGACGCGGUGCUAUCUUGGACGGGCGCGGCCAAACUGGACGCAGUGGCGCACUCCCAGGGGAACACCGUCUUCUACGCGCUGCUCAGCACCAGGCCGGAGUACAACGCCAAGGUGGACCUGCUGGUGGGUCUGGCGCCGGUGGCGUUCCUCGGCAACGUGAGGCCGCCGCUCAGCACGCUGAUCCGGUACGGGACGGUGCUCAACGAGCUUCUGCAGAAGGUGGGCGUCGAACAGAUGUUCGGGGAGGGGUCGUGGCCCAACGCCCUGAUAAGAGCCGUCUGCUCCAGACCCAGGGUCGGCCAUCUAUGCGUCUCCAAGUAUCUGUUCCCAGCGACCGGGGCGGACAUCGAGGAGCUGGAGCCGGAGUUCUUGGCGACCCUCGUCGACCACUUCCCCACUAGCACGUCGCGGAAGAACCUGCACCACUUCAGCCAAGUGGGCCGGAGGGGAGAGCUGGCCAGGUACGACUACGGCGCUCGGGGGAAUCUGGACAGAUAUGGUUCCUCGACACCGCCGGCGUACAACUUGAGCCUGGUCAGCGCGAAGGUGGCGCUGCUGGUGGGUGCGAACGACAACAUAGCGACGGUGGCGGACGUGGCGCUUCUGGGCGGACGGCUGCCCAAUGUGGUGCAACAUCUGGUGCUGCCACGCGCCCGCACCAACCACAUAGACCUCGUGUGGGGCCGCAACAUGCGCCGGUAUCUGUUCCCCUACAUAUUCCAGCUGUUGGACCGUUACGCAUACGACGACCGGCGAACU